AUGGCCAGAACUAAAAACCCUGAGUUCCCCUUGGAACAAACUCAUCCAUCCGAAAUCAAUCCGGAAGAAGAUCCUCCGACUGAAAGAGUGAAUAAUUCGGAGGAAGAAGAUACAAAUCCCAAUCACGACGAAGAAGAUUGGGAUCCCAAUCCCAACGAAGAAGCCGACAAAGAAGCCGACGAAGAAGCCGACGAGUCCGACGGAAGUAGGAGCAGUGGAACACUGAGUGACCGCGAAGAGGAGGAAGACGGAAGUGAUUUAGGAGAGGAAACCGAAGCAAUGCAACCUUUGCAGAUGUACUUUCCACCUAGUGAGUAUAGGAAGAAGAUAAAGAUCUCCACUAGGUGUUACAUCGCCGACACAAUGAAGACACUUCUUCAUACGUUAGACCCUCCACUUACAAGCCGAAAGAGAAGUUGGUUUGAGACGCAUCCGCAAUUCCAACAUAUUUUUCACAUGCCUAGGGACAAUAACCACAAGGUUCAGGCCAUGUGGAUGCUACUUCUUCGAACGGCAUGUACUGAGAAGGAAAAAGAAGCUUGGUUCGUGGUAAAUGGCGUUCCCAUUCGCUACAGCAUCAAAGAACAUGCGCUGAUAUCGGGAUUAGACUGCCAUAACUAUCCAUUGGAGUUUAUGCAAAGAAAAUCAAUGGGAACAAUGAAGUAUGUGGAGAAGUUCUUUAAAAAGGGAUCUAAGAUUAGACAUCAAGACGUGAAAGCAAAGCUACUUAAAAUGGGAGCUCACAGAGAUAGGCUGAACAUUGCGGUCCUGUUCUUUUUGUCUAGCAUUAUCAAAGGCUUGGUCAAGACUGGGAACGAUGCUCCUUCCGUGGACCCAUUCCUACUGAGAGCCGUCAGUGAUCUUGAGUUAUGCCGGACAUUUCCUUGGGGGAGAUUGUCAUUUGAUCAUAUGCUUCAUCAGAUCACUCACACAAUGAAUCAUUUUGGAGGGUUUGUUAAGGAGGGUGGGAAGAGUCCAAUAUUAUGGCCGAUAGGUGGUUUCUACAUUCCUUUGGAGCUCUUACCUUUUGAGGCAAUUCCAGCAUUGGGGUUGAAGUUCCGAGAACCUGUUGCCGGUGCAGACAAAAAUUGUCCUAGGAUGUGCAGAUCAAAGUUCAAAUCAUGCGAGAUGAAAGGGUUUCCCUUACCACAAAUAAAUGGCGAACUUGGUACAACUAAGGAUAUUGAGAGUAUAUUGAUUCCUUCCCGCACCGAGAAAACUCUCCUGCGUCAAAUCACUGAGAAGAAAGAAGAUGAUAAGCAUUGCGUCGUUGUCCAAAGUUGGAUGGAUCGUCUUGGUGAUGGAUUUACCAUAUUCUUUGAGAAUAUGUUCAAAGAAGAUGUAGAUGCCAAGGUUAGAGAAGUACCUGCGAAUGUGGCGGUCGAAGAUGUUGACCCCAUUGAACCACCGGUGAACGGCCAAUCUGCAUCAUUGGUAGAUCUCAUGGACCGCAUGAAGAAAGAAAUGGAUGAGCGUAUGACGAAAAUGGAGGAAACGUUUGAUGGGUUGGUUGAUAAGGUUGAUGGGUUGAGUGACAAGGUUGAUGGGUUGGUGGAAAGGAUUGCCCCGUUGGAAGCUUAUGUGAAUGAGCAAUCGGCAUAUAUGAGGACGUAUGAGGAAGGCAAUGAUGGGAGAGAGAAAGCACAUGAGAAGGAAGGUGAUGAUGGUGGAGAGAAAGCACAGGAGAAGGCUGAGAAGGAAAGGAAGAAGGCAGAAAAGGCUGAGGAGGAAAAGAACUAA